CAAGAGACAACAGUUAUAUUGUCUCUUGUAAAAGGGACUUCUUUCUCCCCACUUUAUCCUUAAAAUCUCCUUUGAGCAAGUACUUUAAGCUGCUAUGCUGAGCAUCCACCCUGACAGGUCUCAGUUCUUUUGGUAUGACACGAUCACACUGAGCUGUGAAGGGACAGACAACUCUGGAAAUUGGACUCUGAAGAGAAACACCUCCAUUCAAACUGCUGAGUCAUGUAUCUCGGGUUGGGGAGUGUCAAAUCAGACGUCAUGCACUAUUAUGGACACCUAUGCAUCAGACACUGGAAUAUACUGGUGUGAGUCUGAUCGAGGGGAAUGCAGUGAGACUAUCAACAUCACCGUCACAUAUGGAGUGAUCCUGGAAAGCCCUGCGCUUCCUGUGACAGAAGAUGAAACAGUGACACUUUUCUGCUAUUACAAGUACGAUGAAGAGAGCAGUGCGACUUCUAAUUUCUCAGCUAACUUCUACAAAGAUGGACAUUUAAUCAGUACUCAGCCUGCAGGAAACCUCACUUUCUCAGCUGUGUCCUUAUCUGAUGAAGGUUUCUACAAGUGUGAACACCCAACAAAAGGACAGUCAGCACAGAGUUGGAUGGCUGUCAAAAGCAAAGUCACAGCUCAGCCAUCAGUAUCUGUGCCUGGACUGAUUGGUGCUAUUCUGGUGAAACUCUUCUACACUGUGAUUAUUACACUGGGUGCAAAUCUACUCAUACGCUGAGCUAAUGGUAGAAAACCUGAGAAAAUGAGUGUGAUG